CUGGUGCUGGGAUUGAUGAAUUUGCUCUGGAUGUGUGCAGGUCCAAAACCAACUCAGCUGCAGGGCUGAGCCUCGAGAACUCAGGGAGGCUGGAGCAAUCCUGAAGGGCUGGGCUUGAAAUCUCUGGAGAUGUUGCUCAAGAACAAAUCUGUUUACACAAACAGCUUUGAGAAGAGAAUUGUCAGUCAAGGCACUUCUAUUCUCAGCUCAGGAGCAACUGGAAGAGCUCUCAGGAUGGUUUCGAGGAAGGUGGUGGCCAGUUUGCUGCUGGUGUCCCUGCUGUCUGUGCUGGCUGAGCAGACCCAAGGCUUCAUGCCCUUUUUCACCCAGAGCGACUUCCAGAAAAUGCAGCUGCAGGAAAAGGAGAGGAACAAGGCAGGGCAGAAGAAGUCCCUGAGCUCACUGCAGCAGCUGGAGGAGGAAGGUUUCUCUGAGCAAUCUGGCGUGGAUGUCAACACAGCCAAGACCCUCCAGCAGGCCCCUCCUGUCAGAGCUUGGCUCACCCCAAGGCAGCUGGAAAAAUACCAAGAUGUCCUGGAGAAACUGCUGGCAGAGCUGUUACAGGACACCCCAGACGCUGACUGAUAUCUGCAGGAUCAGAAGAGAAAGCGUUGGAGCUGCUCAAGCUGAAAGACUCCACUUAUGUAAACGAAAUCUGUGAGAGAGAUUAACAAAAUCUGAGGUGAGAUAAUAAAUGUGCAGCGUAAUUAAAA